GCUGGGCUUGUGUCCAGCAGAGGUACGACCCGCGUAAAUCCCCCACGCGCGUGGCGCGUCCCCGAAACCAGAUCCGAAACCACGAGCCCAAGGAUUUUCCGUCCGUCGUCGCGCCUAGACUUCACCGGCCGGGAUCGAUCUGCUCUCGCCGGCCGCCCGGCGUGUUCCGUCGAUGGGAUACUGGUUCUUCGGCGGCCACGGCGGCUUCUACAUACCCUCCUAUGACGGGAGCCAGCCUCGACCCGCUGGCCCUCACCGGCCGCUGCUGUAUGGUACUGUGCCAUACGACGAGGAGAUCCGCCGGAUGGAAGAAGGCGUCCGCCUCCGUCAACGGCCACCGCCCAACCCCACAGUCUGGAAAUACUUCAAGAUCUUCACUAGGUGUUUCAUGGCCGCGAUGAGCAUCACGAUGAUGGCUUGGAUAUUUGUGGCACGAUAUUUCGGUUCGGAUCCUCAGGUGCAGGAUCCCUAUAUUAUGAUGGGACUUAUCGUCUUUGCUCUCAUACCAAUGGGAUUCGGCUUAAUGAUAACAGAAGGAGAUAUAGAGGCCCAGGACACACGUGCUCAAGGGGAGGCACUGUCAAGCCCGAGCCAUGGAUUUGAGGAUCUUCGUGCGGAUGUGGCUAGGAUUUGUGCAUUUCUCGAGAUACGCUAACUAGUAAUUUCUCAAGAUACUCUCUUGGCUGGAACUGCCUCUAAUAGAAUGCGUCUUGUUUAUCUAAGUUUGCAUCAGUUAUUAUUUUCUUGAGGGGAGGCACACUUGUAAUUACCGUUGUACAUAGAAUGAAUACACAACAAUUACUAUUUUCUCCAAGAAAUCCGUAGGAGCACU